AGUUGUCUGAGAAGACCAUUCACGGACAACUGACGGAAACUCUCGUACCAGGCGUCCGACCGGACCAGAUGCAAGCUUCAACUAUCCAAGAGUUCACGAUGGAAGAGGAGAUGGAGCUGUUAGAGCGAAUGGUCCAACAACAGCCGUGCCUGAUUUUGGAGCCAAUCGCCGAGCCAACCACCGAGACAAGCACCGAGAUCACCACACUCCCAACUACCUCAGCAACUACCUCGUCAAGUACAGCCACCAAUACCCGGAAAAGGCCCGACAUACAGCUAAGGAAGGUCCAAAAAGUGAAGUACCACCUGGUCAAAAAGGUCGAGCCAUACGACCCGACCAAGCCCGGUUUUAAAAGGCCAACCAAAAGGCCCGUAAUUCGGCCAGCCAGCGCCGAAAUAAUAAAACUUGCCAAACCAAUAAAGGCGACCACCAACCCGGGCCCACUGGUAAUCAGCGGUCCCCAGUCAACGGCCGAACUGGUUGGGGAGAACCCCCGUGGGAAACACAACGAUCCCACGAGCACCAACCUCGAUACUGGCCACGUCAGCAGUAAGGAGCAGCUCGACAACGACGAUGCCUUUCCCGUUCGAGCCACAGCGAGUUUCCCUAAGAAGAAACGGAGGAUAGGGGGACAGAGAAGGGAAUCGACUGCGACCAACCCGGGCCCACUCGUAAAGAGCAGUCCCCAGUUGGGCAAAUUGAUCAAAAAGGUAAAUCCAGUGAUCAGGAACGAGGCGACAACCACGACGAGACCUAUUAAAGUAAUUGUCACCAACCCGGGCCCAUUCCGAAGGAACGGUCCCCAGCUAGCAACAAUCGAACCUGGGAAAACAAAGAAAGGACUUGCUACCAACCCGGGCCCAUCCUCAAGGGACAGUCCCCAGCUGGCAACAACCAUCAACGCUGGCUGGAUUGACUACGAUGACGCACCUCUAUUAGCCGACUAUCCGGAGUACGUUGAGUCCAGCCCGGAGGAUCUGUUUCCGCCACCGAAAAAGGUCCAGACACCGUUGCAGCGGCUACUGGCAGCAUUGACCCCUCUAGCCGAAGUAAGGCCAAAGACUGUGGCCAAGAAGGCAAGUUUUACCGCCUACGAUGAAACAUUGAGGGUAUACAAGGUGACUCGGUAUGUAAAAGGUCCAACGCCGAAGAUAGAGCCGACGGGGAAGACUGUCUGGGACAUGCUGGCCAGACUCAGGGAACGAGAGGAAUAAAAAGACAGGAAGAAAAGAGGAUAGCAGGCUAUCCCCUUUUCUUUGUUGAGGUAGGAGGGGUGUGAUGGUGGAGUGACCCAGUGAACCCAGAACAGAGGACACCUGUGAUUUCUCUAAA